GUGACAGCGGUGUUCUGCCAAAGCGCAAUUGAUGGAGCUCAGAAUGAUCACGCUUCAAAGGUUCACGCUAUCUUGGCCAACAAGGAGGCGCACCUUGGUAAGAUCAACACCCUCUUCAGCAAGUUUGGAGCCGAUGAUGGUGUCAUCACCUUCAAAAUGUUCCAGGACAAGAUCAAUUCUGUGGAAGUACGGGAGUACUUCCAGACCCUCGGGCUGGACGUUUGGGAUGCAUGGUCCUUCUUCAAGCUGCUGGACAAGGAUUCGGGCGGCGCCGUGGAGAUUGAAGAGUUCCUCAUGGGCUGUCUGCGACUGCGAGGCCAAGCGACAGCGAUGGAUGUUGGAAAGAUCAUCAAUGACCAACAAUGGUUGAUGAAGACCCAGGGCAAGUUCAACGCCUACAUGGAGGUGGAGCUGAAACAAAUCAAGGAUCAGCUGGCGAUCCUCACAGGGAUCAACUGCAGCUCCGAUGAACACAUCGGCUGGAUCUUCGAGUCUCACAACCUCGGAAACAUGGAGCACGAGAUUGACACUGCUUCUGACGCGUCUGUGGCAUAG